GAGGAGCGGCGCCGAGCCGGAAGGCGGGAGGCGCGUCCGUUGGGCCCGCGGCGCGGCCGGCCAGCCGCCUCGUCGCUCGGGCGGGAGCGGGGCCCGCGCCUCCUCCCCGACGCCGCGGGGAGGAAGAUGGAGACGCACAUCUCGUGCCUGUUCCCCGAGCUGCUGGCCAUGAUCUUCGGCUACCUGGACGUGCGCGACAAGGGGCGCGCGGCGCAGGUGUGCACGGCCUGGCGGGACGCCGCCUACCACAAGUCGGUGUGGCGGGGGGUGGAGGCCAAGCUGCACCUGCGCCGGGCCAACCCGUCGCUGUUCCCCAGCCUGCAGGCCCGGGGCAUCCGCCGGGUGCAGAUCCUGAGCCUGCGCCGCAGCCUCAGCUACGUGAUCCAGGGCAUGGCCAACAUCGAGAGCCUCAACCUCAGCGGCUGCUACAACCUCACCGACAACGGACUGGGCCACGCGUUCGUUCAGGAGAUCGGCUCGCUGCGCGCCCUCAACCUGAGCCUGUGCAAGCAGAUCACCGACAGCAGCCUGGGCCGCAUAGCCCAGUACCUCAAGGGCCUGGAGGUGCUGGAGCUGGGCGGCUGCAGCAACAUCACCAACACCGGUCUCCUGCUCAUCGCCUGGGGCCUGCAGCGCCUCAAGAGCCUUAAUCUCCGCAGCUGCCGCCACCUCUCGGACGUGGGCAUCGGGCACCUGGCCGGCAUGACGCGCAGUGCGGCCGAGGGCUGCCUGGGCCUGGAGCAGCUCACGCUGCAGGACUGCCAGAAGCUCACGGAUCUGUCUCUGAAGCACAUCUCCCGGGGGCUGACGGGCCUGAGGCUCCUCAACCUCAGCUUCUGCGGAGGCAUCUCGGACGCAGGCCUCCUGCACCUGUCGCACAUGGGCAGCCUGCGCAGCCUUAACCUGCGCUCCUGCGACAACAUCAGUGACACGGGCAUCAUGCAUCUGGCCAUGGGCAGCCUGCGCCUCUCGGGGCUGGAUGUGUCCUUCUGUGACAAGGUGGGGGACCAGAGCCUGGCUUACAUUGCGCAGGGGCUGGACGGCCUCAAGUCCCUGUCCCUCUGCUCCUGCCACAUAAGCGACGAUGGCAUCAACCGCAUGGUGCGGCAGAUGCACGGGCUGCGCACACUCAACAUCGGGCAGUGUGUACGCAUCACGGACAAGGGCCUGGAGCUGAUCGCCGAGCACCUGAGCCAGCUCACCGGCAUCGACCUGUACGGCUGCACCCGCAUCACCAAGCGCGGCCUGGAGCGCAUCACGCAGCUGCCCUGCCUCAAGGUACUCAACCUGGGCCUCUGGCAGAUGACGGACAGUGAGAAGGUCAGAAUCCUCCACAGCAACAUGCGAGACCAUGGAGUAAAAGAAACCCAGAGACCUUUAUCAAUUAAUUGUACUGUUUGUGAAUUUGUAUAAAUAAUAACAAAGAUCCUCUUAAAACGUUUAUAUUCUUACAGUAAAAGGUUAAACUGAUAUUUAUAUAAUAAAAGAGGAAAUAUGAAGUAUGUUUUUGAAAAAAAAAAAA